GAUGACGAUGAGAACCACUGUUUUCAUAUCAGCACGAACCAGUGCCCCAGCAGAAUACAUUUUAAGAAAAAUUCUGGCUAAAUCUUACUUAAAAUUUGAAGGUUUCUGUGUUUUACUAUCAAAAUUCAAGAUUGACCGAGUCCAAACUCAGUCCUGACUUUGAUCUGCGUCAUUCUCAGAUUGGACAGAAUCAGCGUUUGGAAACUGAUAUAUAAAGAGCGGACCAGAAGUCUUGACCGAAUUUGAGGGCGGAUGAGUACUUUGAUGCAGAAAUUUAUUCUUUCAUCCCAAUAGCAACUUUUAAUUGUUGAAUGAAGAGGAGGACUGAUUUAUUUUCACCUGAUCGUAAAUGUUUGAAAAGAAAUGGUUAACUUCAUCAUGAUUUUGUUACAAAAGAACACCGCUUUAUCUAUGAGGCAAAGUAUAAUACAGGCAAUAUCUCACUUCUUUUAUCCCUUGUUUAACGUAUUUGAUUUUUAGCUUGCGUCAUAAUGCAUUUAAUUAUGAUGAUUACGGUAAAAAUAAUUUUUUAUGCAACUGUACAAAAGUUGGUACAUUUGGUAAAUUUUGUGAAUAUAAUUUUAUGAGUAAUCCAAGUUUUGAAGAAACAAUUGAACAUCAGUUUAGUUUAAAAUUGGAAUAUUAUUUGGGAAGUCAAUAUGUUGGGAACCGAACAUGCUACGAAACUUUAACAUGUAGUUUUGGAUUAUUAUGUCUUGAUUGGAGAAACAUAUGUGAUGGUAAACAACAAUGUAUUGAUGGUUUGGACGAAAAUAAUUGUGAAUUAUUAGAAUAUAAUGAAUGCGAACCGAAUGAAUAUCGAUGUGCAAAUGGACAAUGCAUUGAUGAAGAAUUCUUUUUAGAUGGUGAUAUAGAUUGUAUGGAUCGUUCUGAUGAACAAUAUAAAAUCUUAUCACAAUUUCAUAUUGUAUUUAACACUUGUGGAUUUAAACCAGAUUUUAAUUGCGAUGAAUUAUUAUUACCAAGAAAAGACUUUUCUUGUGGUAAUGGUGAACUCUACCCAGAUAGAGUUAUAUUUCAUAGAGAGUUACUUGACGGUGAUCAUUGUUUUAGUUUUAGGGAUAAAAAUUUUAUGUGUGAAUUAGAUAAAUAUGUACCGAUGUGGACAAUGAAUAAUGGACAGUGUGUACUCUAUGGUCGGUUAGAAGGUAAUAGUACGAAUGAUAUAUGUUUAUUUUUGAUUAAAUGCGCAUUAAACAA